AUGGCACAGCCCGCGUUGCUGCGUCCCUUCUCCAAGCUGCUGGCCCCAGCCCGGCUCCCCAGCGGCUCUUCUGCGCGGUCCAAGUUCUACAUUUGGGAACCGCCGCAUGGCAGACCUGACUGGCCGAAAGUUGCGUUGACCUUGGGCACCUCGAUUUUCUUGUGGAUCUAUCUCAUCAAACAACAUAAUGAAGAUGUUUUAGAGUAUAAAAGAAGAAAUGGGAUGGAAUAA